CUCGUGCUUAUAAGAGGCGGUUCGCCGUCGCGAGACGAUGUCACAGAGGGAGCGGUGGAGCUGCGGCUGUCGAAGUCACCCAAGAGCCGGCGAGAGCCACCAUGGAGAAAGGAUUUGAUUCGACGGCUGCUUUGGACGCCCCUCCGGCGUACCCGGCCGAGUCCAGGUUCAGCCGCAAGUUCAUCAUCAUCUGCGCGUCGCUGCUGCUGCUGCUGCUGAUCGCGGUGGUGGUGGCGGGCGUCCUACUGGGAGUCUUCAUCGGGGGCAGCAACGCGACCGAGCUCUAUAAGGUGAUCGUGAAGAACAAAGAUGGGAAGCCCGAGGAGCAGACGGUGCAGGUGAACCCCAAGGAGAACCUCGCCACCUUCUACAUCCAGAACGGCAACAUCUCCUCCACCACGCUCCUCGACUACGGCAAGAACCUCGUGGUGAUGAGAACGAACGACCCGGGCGAGUGCUACGUGCGGGAAAUUGGCGCCGAAGAUUUCCCGUCGCUCUCUAAGCUGAGAGACAGCCUCAAGAAUCUCAACGGUAAGACGGUUCAGGAGAAGGACAACUCGGAGGCCUCCUCCUUCGUUCCGGGUCCAGAAAUCUUCGACCGAUCCCCGUUCGGCCGCAGCUCCGGCCACCUCUGCCAGGACGUCAGAACAUUCUGGCUCGUCAAGGGCAACCCGACCACGCGUGGGUGGUGGAGCAAAAUCAAGAACGCCGUUGUCACGGUGUGCAGCAUCAUCCCCUGCUCCAUUGGUGUCACCAUCCCAUUUCGUUAACGAUGGACUCGGAGAGAAGGUCUUGUGACCAGGCCUGGCAAUGCCCCAACCACUCAGAUGCCAAUGUUCUAAUAAUCCUACCAAACAUAGGCCAAUAUCCAGUGACCCUACCAUCCAGAGACCAAUUUCCAAUGACCUGACCACUCAGAAACAAGUUUCCAAUCACCCGACCACCCCAGAGACAAAUGACCAAUGACUAAUCAAUGCUGCGUAAAUGGAAGGUUGACUCCAGAUUGAGGAGGCUAAAAACUGCAUGUUGGGAUGGAAAUUUAAAAUCUCAGGUGAUGAGGCAUGCAGGUGGAUUCACUUAAUGACUGGAAAGGAAUGGGUGGCAGUGGCUUCAUCAUCAGCUCGAGAGAUCCAUGGACUCACACAGAGAUCCAUAGACCUGCAGAGAGAACCAUAGACUCACAGUGAGUCCCAUAGACUUGCAAAGACCCAUAGACUUACACAGAAAUCCAUAGACUCACAGAGAGACCCAAUGAGAACUCUGAAUGCAAUGCGAGUGGCUUCAUCGUUAGCACUGUCUCUACCACAUGGGCGCACGCAUGAUCAUAAUCACCAUUGAACUUUUCCUUCCCACUACAGUCAUGAAUCCAUCUAUCUGCACAUUUUACGUGAUACGGGAAAUUCACAGGUUAAAAUAUAUUGCAUCCUCGAACCA